AUAUCUUUUGAUCGAUAGCCUGGGAAUGUCCAAAAAUAGUUUGUUAACGCCGCAAUAUAUCUAAUAAUUUGUGUUUAUAAGCAAGGGGACUACUUUUUUGUAUUCAUACACAAGUUCUUGUUUUUAACUUUAUACAUACAAAAUUGAUUUGUUUUGAACAACAACAAACAACGACAUUAUGGAUUGAAAUGAGGGAGGUGCAAUUCAGUUUGCUUUAGAAUUUGGACUUUAUACAGCAUUUGAAGAAGAAAGUGCAAUUUUGAAAACUAAAAAAGAAAAUGUCUGUUUUUAUGCGAGUCCUUUUACAAUUAAGUACUUACGCCAACAGAAGGUACAUCACAAUUUUUAUGACCUAUCUGUAUGUACUGACGUUUGUUGUACUAAUCAGUUCACAUGUUAGACUCUCGCGAGAUUACGUUCUAAAAGACAGUGGUAUAAAAAACUAUCUGAAAAGAUCUUUAAAUGAAUAUAGCGAACAAAACACCGAUGCUAAGGAUGCAGUUAUUAUAAAUCAUGAAGACGUUGGUCAGGACACUGACAAUGAAAUGUUUGGUAACAAAUUACAAAACGAUCAAAGCAGAGGUGAUCCGUUUAGAGACAACAAUAAACAGAAGCUUGUUCAAGAAGAUAAUAGCGUAAAAGUAGAUCAUGUGAAAGCUGAAGUUGACAAUGAACUUAAGAAAGCUGAAAAGAAAGUCGAAAAUAUAAAAGACAAUGCCAAACCUGUUGUGAUAGUUAAGAACGUUAAAAAGAAACUGGACAAUUUACAACCGGUAAUAGAAUAUAAAUCUAAGUAUCCAAACGUGGAGGUGGUUAAAAACUUUGAUUUUGAUAACUCACCUGAUGUCAAAGAAGGGCUCUUUCAAAAUAUAACCAAAGAUGGAACGUUUUUACUCUUCUCGGCGUAUCUUGACGUCAUUUACGGACAACCAUAUAUAAAAGUUCUAGCGAUAAAUGGUAACACUUACCUGCCGAAGUUUUAUUGUGAAGUAACAUAUACAGGUGAUGUGUCCGUGGUAACAACGAAAGGGAAGAUUUGGAUGCUUCCCGACCAUCACGAGAAAAUGUAUAAAACUGUGUUCUUGUACUGUCCUUUACCAGACGACAAUAUUCCCCACCACGUGUCAAUUAUACCGAUCAAAGAGCCGGUACGACUUCACCGGCUUCCGGUCAUGUACCACCCAAAAGCGGUGCGUAAUUUCACAGUAUGUCUCUCACCGCUUUUCUUUAACUACAGUAUUGAGUACGAGCUAGUCGAAUGGUUUGAAAUAAACAAACUUAUAGGAGCAGACCUGUUCAUUGUCUACAACUACUCAACUGUCGGACGGACGGAUGAAAUUUUGAAACAUUACGAAAAAGAAGGAUGGAUUCAAAUUAUUCAAUGGAAGCUGCCAACGUACUCGGACUUGCAUUACGUGGGGCAGGUCGCCAUGAUGAAUGAGUGCUUAUUUAGAAAUUAUAGAGCUUCUAAAUACCUGGUUAAUAUUGACAUAGAUGAGUUGAUUAUUCCGCGAAAAGGUAAAACGAAAUGGAGCGAACUCAUGGCGUCAUUCCCGCAGAAUUUCUGUGAGUACAGUGUCCGAAGCACGCUUAUGCCAUCCGAAAGCAAGGACGUUUUUGAAGGAAAACAGCGUGCAAGGGAGCUAAAUCUUCAUUUCCUAUUGCGCAUGUCAAGACGAGAGUACAUUUUCGGUAAAACCGUGCGAUCUAAAUACAUUGUAAACACGACAUGUAUUGAUACGGUGGGCAUCCAUUAUUGCUGGAAAUAUCGCAAUGGUACAGCGGAAACGCAAAGGUAUCACGUGUCACCACGUGAAGCGCUUACUUACCAUUUCCGGAAUGAACCGGUUGCAAAGAAAGGGAAAGAAGUAGAAGAGAAAGCCGUAUAUAAAUACCAUACUGAACUUAUAAAUAACGCCAAAGCAAGAUGGGAAAAGAUAAACAAAGAGAGACAACUCUUGAAAGACAAGGCUAAACACAAAUGAAUUUAAAAAUAUUUUGUGCUAUAUGUAUUAUUUGUAGUCUAACUUGGAUUUGUUUGCUUGUAACAUGUCUAUUGAGCCCACUGAAUACAUAUUUUGAUGUCUUUUUAAAUAAACACACGUAAGAACAU